CUGUGGACGGGAUGAAGAGGAGGUGGGAUUGCCGGUUGGUUCUGUCACCCCGGAGCCGAGUUCUGCACCCAUCUCUCCAAUUGCGUUUUAAAAUAUGCAGUAAAAAAAAAAUCGAGCAACGCCACAUCCUACAAACUGGAGGGGAGGGGGAGAGCAUUGUGUCCCCAAACGGAUCAUAAACAAGGGAAAGGAGGGGUUCGGAACUUUAUUAUUAAAUACUUCCUCCACGCCAGAAAAACCAGGCCUCGGUACUAAAGGGAUAGGCUGAAGCCCCAGACGCGGCUCAGUGGUCGCGGGCGGCGGGUCCGGGCUUCCGGUCUCCCGGGCGCCAGAGGGUCAUGGCGGGAAGGGGGAGGGCGCGCGCUCCAAGCUUUCCCUCCCCCACCCACACCCAGGGUCUUCUUCCUUCGGGAUUCGGAGCCGCCUAUCCUCCAGGGCCGACUAGCCGCAGGGCUGCAGGGGUCCAGGACGCCGCGACAUAGCUUAGCGACAGCGCUCUCCCUGGCGACGGCGCCGCAACAAGAUGGCGGACGACAGAGACAGGGAAGGCACAGAGAUAGCAGUAGCAGAAUUUCACAAAAAAAUCAAAGAAGCUUUUGAAGUAUUUGACCAUGAGUCAAAUAAUACAGUGGAUGUGAGAGAGAUCGGAACAAUUAUCAGGUCAUUAGGAUGCUGCCCUAGUGAAGGAGAGCUACAUGAUCUGAUUGCAGAGGUGGAAGAAGAAGAACCCACUGGAUACAUUCGAUUUGAAAAAUUUCUUCCAGUGAUGACUGAAGUACUACUGGAAAGAAGAUACAGACCAAUUCCAGAAGAUAUCCUUCAUCGAGCUUUUGAGGUGUUAGAUCCAGCUAAACGUGGGUUUCUUUCUAAGGAAGAAUUGAUCAAGUAUAUGACUGAAGUGAGCGUUUUUCUCAGGAGGAAAUGGAAGAAAUGUUGUCUGCUGCAAUUGAUCCAGAAUCGAAUUCAAUUCAUUACAAGGACUAUAUAACAAUGAUGGUGGUAGAUGAAAAUUAAACACUCUACAGACUUCAUUUCUAAUUGAAAGAUCAUUUUAAGAAUUGCUUGUCCUUGUUAAUUUCACAUUUUAUUUUAUAAUUCCUACAUAUUGCUAAUUAAUGCCUUGUGACAACUA